UGAUGAUACUUUAGUAGUACUGUACUGUCUGUCACAUCUCGGAUCAAAGACCGGCGAUCGGUAUACUAGUAUUCGAAUACCGAUAUACUUGCAACGUAUUUUCACUGAGGCGGAAGAAAACCAAAACAUGACCCGACAAAUCUGAAUGCAAUGGCUGUGAAUGUCGGAGUAAGAGUAGUCCGAGGGCCAGAAUGGAAGUGGGGCAACCAGGAUGAUGGUGAUGGUCAUCUUGGGACGAUCGUAGAGAUCGGCCGCCAGGGGAGCAGUACGUCGCCGGACAAGACAGUUGUCGUCCAAUGGGAUUGCGGAACAAGGACCAACUACAGAGUGGGCUAUCAAGGAGCAUAUGAUCUGCUUCUAUAUGAUAACGCUCCUGCAGGAGUAAAGCAUCAAAACAUCACAUGUAACGGAUGUAAACAGGAAGGGAUCCUAGGUAUGAGGUGGAAGUGUAUGUCUUGUGAAGACUACGAUCUCUGCUCUGUCUGCUACUUUGCUGGAAAGCACGACCCAAAUCACGAGUUCAUCAGGCUGGUCACCCAGAGCUCAGCAGGCGCUCGUGUAUCAAAACGGCAGAACUCUGCAAAGACACAGGUCAGGGGUUUACUUCCUGGUGCCAGGGUCGUCAGGGGUGCGGACUGGGAUUGGGGUGACCAAGACGGCGGAGACGGUAAAGCAGGGAAUAUCAUCAAUAUCCGUGGUUGGGAGCAAGAAUCGGGCCGUAGCGUUGCCAACGUGACUUGGGGGACUGGUCUGACCAACGUUUAUCGGAUAGGUCACAAGGGAAAGGUGGAUCUCAAGUACACCAAGGACGCAGCCGCAGGUUACUACUACAAGGACCACCUCCCUAAACUUGGUGAGAUUGGAGAGCAGAACCCCCAGAGAGCAACCACUGAUGAACCGACCGUGACCUUCUGCGUUGGUGACAAGGUCAAGGUCAUUCUCACCGUUGACGUCCUCAAGGCCAUGCAGGAAGGUCACGGUGGAUGGAACCCUAAGAUGGCUGAGUAUGUUGGUAAGAUUGGUCUGGUGCAUCGUGUUACUGAUAGAGGAGAUAUCCGAGUAACCUACCCGGGCUGUGGUACGAGGUGGACCUUUCAUCCAGCUGCUCUAAGCAAGGUGAAUUCCUAUGCUGUAGGUGAUGAAGUGACCAUUCUAUCUGACAUGGCGUUGGUCAAGAGAUUACAACCUGGUCAUGGAGAAUGGAGUGAAGGCAUGGCAGCAACUCUCGGCAAGAAUGGGAAGAUACUGAAGAUCUACUCUGAUGGUGACCUUCGUGUGUCGGUGGACAAACAGGUGUGGACGUUCAAUCCUGCUUGCUUGACCCCUCUUGAGAGGUCAAAUAAACCUGACCUUAAUAACACCAUGACAGCGGACAGAGCAGAGGAAUUACAAGGUAAUCUGCAUGAGCUAUUGCAGGAGAUCUUAACCCUGAGAACCCCAAAUGAAAGUCCUGAUAAGUUGGUCAGUGAAGCUGCUCAGGGAAACAAGAGAGUGGUCACAGAACUUGUAGCGAAACAUCCUGAAUGGGUGAAUGCAAGGGUUUCAGGGAAGACUGCUUUACAGGUAGCUAGUCACCAAGGUCAUCUGGAGGUCAUCAAGGUUCUGAGUCUCGGCAAAGCAUCGAUGGAACUCCAGGAUCAAGAUGGUGAUACUGCACUCCACUACGCUGUCUUUGGCAAACAGCCGGACAUUGUGGAGUAUCUCAUCAGCAAGAAUGCAGACAUGAAUGUUGUCAACAAGGGUAACUGUAGCAGUCUGCAUGUAGCGGUCAAUAAAGGCUUUGUUGACUGUGUCAGGGUACUACUCAGGCAUAGGUGUAAUCCUAAUCUACAGGACCUGUAUGGUGACACUGCACUCCACGACGCCAUUGCCAAGGACAAUCGUGACAUCAUCGAUCUCCUAGUCGAGGCUCACGGAGCAGACCUGAGCCUCAAGAACAGGAGAGGAUUUAAUGUUCUCCAUCAUGCUGCCCUCAAAGGCAAUAACUAUGCCACUGAGAAAUUGGUUACCAAGGCCAGGCAGCUUGUGAACCUGAAAAAAGACGACGGCUAUGCUGCUCUUCAUCUAGCGGCUCUCAAUGGUCACAGAGACGUGGUUGAGACACUAUUAGUCCAGGGGCACGGUGACAUGAACGUGCGGAACAAUCGUCGUCAGACCCCCCUGAUCCUGGCAGCGGGCCAAGGCCACACCCAUGUCAUCGAGCUUCUGGUGACAAAAGGAGCCGAGGUAUCGGCCGAGGACGAGGAUGGCGAUACAAGUCUACAUCUAGCUUUGGUGAGGCAAGAAGUGUAUGCUGAGAGAGACGACUCACCCCUCAUUCAACAGUACCGAACCAAGAUAGUCAGUGGUUUGGUGGUGAACAUGGCGAUAGCGACGGUCUGUUUCUUGGUCCAGGCCGGAGGUAGUCUAACUCAUAGGAACCACCAGAGUAAGUCUCCGUUAGACCUGGUCCUGGAUAUCAAGAUCAAGAAUUACCUGCUGCAGCUCUAUGAUCAGAGAAGACAAAAGCAGAGGCACGAUAAGGAUUCCAAGCAGGGUAGAAGACGGAGGAGCGCAAGUCAAGAGAGACUCCUGGCUAGCAGAGGAGAUACACCAGGUACCUCCCAGAAUGUCCGAGGCCCGUCCACCCCGGCCGGACCGUCCACACCAGCCGUACCUCCUGCACCCGUGGAGGGUCCCACGGGGGAUUCUCCAGCCAACCUUGAGGCGAUCAUGUCGGACUGCAGGAUGUGCGAGAAACCCGCCAACUGUCAGUUCAAACCGUGCGGCCAUCAGGUGGCUUGCAUGGACUGUGCCGCACUCUUCCAGAAGUGCUACUCUUGUAAGGCGGAGGUCAAGGACAGAGUGAAGGUAGAGGAAAGGAAAUGUGCAAUUUGUUCUACAAACAAGGCUGAAAUUACGUUGGUACCGUGUGGGCAUCGGAAUGUGUGCAGAGGAUGCUGUAACAAAGUGAAAUUGUGCAGUACCUGCAAACAACCAGUGAGAGAAAUGCUUGAUAAAGCCGGUCACCGUAUAACCAUCUCGUCCCAGUCUGCGUCAUCCUCAUCACAGCACCAUCAUCAGCGUCCUUCAAGCUCCAAACAAGGAGCUAAGAGUUCUCAAGCUCCAUCAACCUCCGGCUCAUCAACCCCACGAGGGGCUUCGUCGUCGUCGUCAGGGCGAGUCUCUAAGGAGGAGGAGCUUAAACGUCUCAAGGAGCAGUAUCAACAGAUGGAGGAGGAGGUCCUUUGCCCGAUCUGCAUGGAGACCAAAAGGAACGUGGUGUUCCUAUGCGGCCACAGCGUGUGCAAGAAGUGUUCAAGAUCGCUCAAGCAGUGUCCGCUGUGUCGGAAGCCUAUCACCAAGAAAAUUGUGCUCUUUAAUUAGCGGGAUGGUACGUUCAUGCCCAGAAUUUUCAAGGGUAGAGAGACCGUUUUGAAACACUUAUGGUAAAUGCAGAUUGAGAGUGCACUUCAAGGGAAAACGUUUUGUUUUUGUUCGACUUUUGCAGGCAGGAGAGCGUGCACGUCGAGGGGUAGCAAGAUAACUCAUUGCGUUGUAUUUGUUUGUGCCAUAUAUGUGAAGUUACAGGCAAAACCUGAAAUGUCUGUGUUUUUAUUGAUUUACAUUUCAGUGUGCACCUUUAAGCUUUUGGGGAGUUCAUGAAGGGUGCUCAUACAAUAAUGAGAAAAGAAGCAGCUAUUUUUUUUGUCUAAGUGUGUUUCGAAAUCCCUUUUCUGACCCAAAAAAUUUGGAUCAUGUAAAUCAUUUGAUAGGUAAGUAAAAUGCUUGAUUGCUGCUGCGGAUAUUGAUUCUAGUGUUGUCCAAAAACAUGUACAUCAUGUGCACAAGUGAGUGCAGUCUAAAGCACGGUCCACAUGUAUGGAAAGUUUGAAGGAUGACCCCAUUGAAGUAGGAAAGUGCGGUUCCAACCCAUGUACUAGGUGUCUGCUAAAUGAAAGAAUAUUUUCUUAAAUAUUUACUGCUUUUGGAGGAUGAUCGGUCAAAUGGCACUUUGAUGCAAAAGGUUUUCUACACAUGCUCCCCGUUUGAAGGCAGUGUUUUCUCAAGUGAAUUUAUAGAAUUCUUCAUGCGUACUUCAACACUGUCAUAGAUGCAGACUUGAUGACACCGUGGAAGCCACACAGUCCUUGGGAUAGGAUGUUAAAUGGAUACCUCAUGUGGAGGAAAGUCACCAGGAAUCUAUAUAUACACUCCUAACAUGCCUUAAUCUCCAAUUGACAUCACAUAAAGUUGUAAAGCUGCAAUAUUUAUCCCAUGUUACGAUUUAAGAACCUGUGUACUAUUUUGUAUUAAAGGUAUAAAUUAACGUUUAUAGA